AUGAGUUUAAUUAUAGUCCGCCUUGAACAAAACCAACUCUUUGGGAAUUUAUCUGAAGAUUUUGGUGUUUAUAGAAACCUGCAAUACAUGGAUCUAAGUUACAAUAGCUUUUCUGGUGAAAUUUCUCAUAGUUGGAGUAGGUGCCCGCAACUAGGCACCCUGCAGAUUUCUAGGAAUGGUAUUGGUGAUGGCAUACCACCUGAAAUUGGAAACUUCACUCAACUCCAUGUACUUGAUCUUUCUUAUAAUCGGUUGGUUGGGAAGCUACCAAAGGAAUUUGGGAAGUUGACUUCUUUGUUGAAAUUGAAGUUGAAUGGAAACCAACUUUCUGGUGAUAUAUCUCCAGAGCUUGGAUCAUUGACAAAUCUUGAGUAUCUGGAUCUAUCCAGUAAUAGAUUUGACAACUCAAUCCCCGGAAUUAUAGGGAGCUUUUUGAAACUAAACUAUUUGAAUAUGAGCAACAACAAGUUUUGCAAUGAUAUUCCAGUUGAAAUUUGUAAAUUAGCUCAUUUGUCUAAGCUAGAUUUGAGUCAUAACUCGCUCGAAGGAAAGAUACCUUCACAAAUUGGCACUCUUCAAAGCUUGGAGAUGUUGAAUUUCUCCCACAAUAACCUCUCUAGUUUUAUUCCAAUUGCUUUCGAAGAGAUGCAUGGUUUUUCAUCUGUGAACAUAUCCUAUAAUAAGUUGGAGGGCCCUCUUUCCAAUACCAAAGCAUUUCAAGAUGCUUGCAUAGAAGCACUACGAGGAAAUAAAAGGUUGUGUGGAAAUGUUACAGGAUUGCAACCCUGUAUGGUAGGAAGACCAGCUUCAAAGACGGGACCCAAAAUCUUUUUGUUAAUCAUUUUCCCUCUUUUUGGAACACUAUCACUUGUAUUGAUGUUUCUUGGAGUUUUCCUCAUUUUGCAAAGAAAUAUGAAGGACCCUCAUAUAGAUCAAACGACUAACACAUACAAUGAAAAAGUGUUUUCGAUAUCAACUUUUGAUGGAAAAGCAAUGUACAAGGAAAUCAUUGAAGCAACACAGGGUUUUGAUGAUAUGUUUUGUAUUGGGAAGGGAAAACAUGGAACCGUGUAUAAAGCAACUCUAACAUCAGGAAACACAAUGGCAGUAAAGAAACUCCAAUCCUUGUCUGAUGGUGAGAUUGUACAACAAAAAGAGUUCUUCAAUGAGAUAAGGGCAUUAACAGAAAUACGCCACCAAAACAUUGUAAAAUUGCAUGGCUUUUGUUCACAAUCACAACACUCGAUUUUGAUUUAUGAGUACUUUCAAAGGGGUAGCUUGGCCACAAUUUUGAGCAGUGAUGGAGGAGCAAAGAAGUUGGACUGGAAUAAGAGGAUGAAUAUCAUCAAAAGUUUUGGCUCAUGUUCUAUCUUACAUGCACCAUGA